AUGGAAGCAUUCAACGAUGAAUGGACAAACCUAAUGACGGCUGACCCCAGCGAAGUUGCCACGUUUCACGAGUUUAUCACUAAGUAUGGUGAUUAUAGUGACGAUAUGCAGAACGCUAUUGCAAUAUUGAACAAAAUGGACACCGACGAGACUCUCAUCUACGAUGAACUCGCCAAACAACAAAUUGUUCCGCCUUCCCCUGCUUACCCGGUUCAACAAACGCAGAAAGACGACGACCAAAUGCAAAAUGGACACGCAUAUUCCAUGGACCCGCCUUGGUCACGCCCGCUCCAACUACCUACUUCGACAGCCCUUCCACCCAUAUAUCCCAUACCUCCCACUGACCACUCAUCAUCACUUUUCUCCAACAAUCGUCGGUUCCCUCCCCAGUCAGAUCCCAUCGUCCAUUUACCAUCCAUCCACCUUCUUCGUCCAUCGGUCAUCGCCAGCUCCAUCCACAAUUGUCUCCAUAUGACGUCACCUACCCUCCGCUCUCGUCAAACCCUUUCCCCCAAACGCGUCCCUCAACCAACGAUCCUAUCAAUCAACAAGCAACAGCUUCACAAGAGAGUCCGAACUUGA